UAAUGGAGCAAACCAAUAAAGAAGGACGGGAGGAUAAAAGAAAAAGAAAAACAUGUGUCUUUGAAUCUACGCUUUAGAGACAAACGAAGAACAACAGCAACAGACAACAACGCCCAAACGUACGCUCCCAAUGACUUCUCACCAACAUUCACAUUAAUAUUCCAUAAUCCAUUACCAGAUCAGAUCUCUCAUUUUUCUUUUUCUUUUUUUAAAAUUUUAAGUUAUCUCUCUCUGUCUCUCAUUCUUCUUCACCGCUUUGGAUCUCAUCGAAACUUGACCAGGUGGCAUCCGGGUUCUUUUGAAUGAUCUAAAUUAAGUAGAGUGGCAAAAGCCCUUUUAAUGUCCUCAGUCAAUUCUUAGUUCAUAUGGUGCCCAAAAUAUUGUUCACAUAAUAGUUUCACGUGGUAAACCUCAGCAAAUUAAUAUACUAUUUGCAUAUAUUGAUGGAAAAAAAGGUGCUAAGUGACCAUUGGCAAAUUGUUUUCCCAUCCGGUGUAUAGAUGGCUUUAACUUAUAAUAAUAAAGGAGAUGGUAGAGAGUAAUUUGAAUAAAGAAACAGUUGGAUGCACAGAGACAGCUGAUACUCAGAGUGGAAAUCAAGCUUCAGGUCUUCGCAGGGAACCAUCCUUCUCUCGCUGGGUCGAUGAAGAUGGGACAAUCCAUUUGGAACACCGUUUUGAGACUACUGAUGCAAGUCUAGAAGACUCUGAAUUUGAGUUGCCUAUGCUUAAUCAGAGUGAGUUAGAAAACAGGGUCAGAUACAGUAAAUUUUCAGAGCAAAGUAUGCACUUGAAUGGUGGUAUUACCAUGGAAGAUAUGCAUGGGGGAGAUAGAAAUGGGAAAUAUGCACCUUUUGAUAUUGAAAAUGGGUCUUCUGAGGAUUUAAGAUUAUCAAGUAAUGCUGAUGAUGGAGCCAAUUCUACUGGUAAUUGGAAAGCACUGACACCAAAUUCCAAGAGCUCUGUUUCUGCUGCGGAUGUGUUGAAGACACUGUUCUUUAUACUUGUAUGGUACACUUUCAGCACAUUUUUGACCUUGUACAAUAAAACCUUGUUGGGAGAUGACUUAGGGAAGUUUCCAGCUCCCUUGUUGAUGAAUACUGUCCACUUCACAAUGCAAGCUGUUUUAUCAAAGGCAAUCACAUGGUAUUGGUCUCAUAGAUAUCAGCCUACUGUUGCAAUGUCAUGGAGGGAUUACUUCUAUAGAGUUGUACCUACGGCUCUUUCAACGGCACUGGACGUUAACUUGAGCAAUGCAUCCCUGGUUUUCAUAUCUGUUACUUUUGCCACAAUGUGUAAAUCUGCAGCUCCUAUAUUUCUUCUCCUAUUCGCUUUUGCAUUCAGGUUGGAGUCUCCAAGCCUUAAACUUUUAGGUAUUAUCUUGGUAAUCUCUGUUGGGAUUCUAUUAACAGUUGCAAAGGAGACAGAGUUUGAGUUUUGGGGUUUUGUUUUUGUCAUGCUUGCUGCUGUUAUGUCUGGAUUUCGCUGGUGUAUGACUCAAAUUCUUUUGCAGAAAGAAGCCUAUGGUUUGAAAAAUCCACUUACCUUCAUGAGCUACGUGACUCCAGUGAUGGCAGUUGCAACAGCUAUUCUUUCUCUCUUCUUGGAUCCAUGGCAUGAAUUCAGAAAGAACAAUUAUUUUAAUAAUUCAUGGCAUAUUGCUCGAAGUUGCUUGUUGAUGCUUUUUGGUGGAACACUGGCAUUUUUUAUGGUUUUAACAGAGUACGUUCUUGUUUCUGUAACUAGUGCAGUUACAGUGACAAUAGCAGGAGUUGUGAAGGAGGCUGUCACCAUAAUGGUUGCAGUAUUUUACUUCCAUGAUGAAUUUACCUGGUUAAAAGGAGCUGGACUAUGCACAAUUAUGGUUGGAGUCAGUUUAUUCAACUGGUACAAAUACCAAAAACUGCGGAAGGGUAAACUAGAAGAAGGUGAAACGGCAGGGUUAUCCCCAACUAAUCCUGCAGCAAAGUAUGUCAUCCUUGAGGAGAUGGAGGAUCAAGAUGAUGUCCCUUGAGAGCUUUAGAGAUCAGAUAAUACCCAUCCAAUGAACCGAGUUUUACUGGAGAUGCAGCUCUCAGUCUUCUAUUACUUUGCUUGUCGAGAACUGCAAUUGUAGUUUACCUCCAUAAAGUUGGUGGCGAAACAGUAAGGUUUCCUAAAUUAGUAGAAGCCACAAACAAUUUUUUGACAUUUUGCUGUUCAUAUUAAGCGGAAAACAGGCUUGUAUG